AAACAUAAGCAGUUUUAUUUUAUCAACAACGUCAAGUCGUAGCGAAAAGUUUGAAGAAGUCGAAUUGUUUUAUUAUGUGUGGACAAAAUGGAUGUUUCAGAUAAAGAAGAAUCAGCGAAUAUUGCUUGUUCAUCUCUAGUACUGGAAAAGUCGGAAAAAAUGUAUGAAGCAGCAAAUAAAUCCUUUAAGAAUUGAUGUGAAAGCACUCUCCGAAACCUUUUUUUUUGGUGUAUUUCCACGAGAAAAGUUCUUCAUUGAAGUCCCCAUCAAGCUUAUGGUGUGAAUAUUCGAUGUGGAAGUCCACCCUUUUUAUAGAGGAAAAUAUAGUAAAAUUGCGAAAUUCAUAAUGUCUACUGGACACUCUUUCAGAAGAACGUCGGCAACUUUAUUAGCAAAUACUGGAGUUGAUGUAUUAGCUAUCAAGCGACAUAAUGGAUGGAAAUCCGCUUAUAUUGCGGAAAAUUACGUAGCUGAGAACCUCAACAAUAAAAAGGAAAUAGUGAAUAAUAUUUUAUACAAUAAGAUCCAGCCAGAAGUCUCUUGGACUGCUUCAACAGUGACAGAAACAUUAGUUAGUAAUGAAGGAUCUGUGAGGUCAGAAAAUGUAAUACACAUCGAGAAGAAACGAAAAAGCCUGAUUCCAAAUUUUGUUAAUUAUGUUGACUUACAUCCUGUCGUUGAGGGCAACCAAUACCUUGUUGAGUAAGUUUCACUUACGUUUGUCAAAGCAGUGUCGAAAUAGGUUGCUUACAAUACAGGAAGGGGUAAAAUGAAAUUUAAAAAAUCUCACCUCUUAUUUACAAUGACAAGAAACGAACAAGGAAAUGGCGAAAUCAAAUCACAGAUGAAAAUAUGCUAUGUUGGGUUAUAACAACCACAUCACAACAUCAAGAUGUCCUCUGACGUCCAAUAUAAAACAUGAAAUACUAAAAUAUAUAUGA